AUGGUAUUGAGCUCAACAAGAUGCAAAUGGUUCCCUGUAAAUGUUCUGCUUCUACUGACUUAUUCGGCUACUGCACUGGUUGAAGACGGCUUACUUCCCAAUGGCGAUUUCGAGGCCACUCCACCUGGAGGAUUCUCCUCAGAAGCCGGACUUUCCGAGGGCGAGGCAACAAUCCCCAGCUGGAAAUCCAACGGUACAGUCGAACUGGUCGAAUCAGGCCAAAAACAGGGCGGAAUGAUCCUCAUCGUGCCGCAGGGUGCACAUGCUGUGCGGCUCGGUAACGACGCCGAAAUUAGCCAAGAAAUCGCUGUCGAAAAGGGCUCACUGUACUCGAUAACAUUCAGCGCAGCUCGAACUUGCGCCCAGUUAGAGUCGCUCAACGUUUCGGUCCCGCCGGCGUCGCAAAACAUUGAUUUGCAGACUCUGUACAGCGUUCAGGGCUGGGAUUCAUACGCGUUGGCCUUUCAGGCAGAGGAGGAUAAUGUGCGGGUGGUGUUUAGAAAUCCUGGUAUGGAGGAUGAUCCCACUUGUGGACCCAUCAUUGACAAUAUCGCUAUAAAGAAGCUUUUCGUACCCGAUAACGCCAAAGAUAAUGCCGUUGUUAAUGGUGAUUUCGAAGAAGGCCCUUGGAUGUUCAGAAAUGCUUCACUUGGUGUUUUACUCCCCACCAAGCUGGAUGAAGAGACGUCCUCAUUGCCCGGUUGGAUAUUUGAAUCAAACAGAGCCGUCCGCUACAUUGACUCGUACCAUUUCUCUGUCCCGGGAAGCAAACGAGCCAUUGAAUUGCUUUCUGGAAAGGAAGGAAUUAUCUCGCAAAUGGUCGAAACCAAGCCUAAUAAGCCUUACAGAUUGACGUUUUCAUUAGGCCAUGCCAGGGACUCCUGCAAGCAGCCACUAGCCAUCAUGGCCUUCGCUGGUGAUCAAGCCCAAAACAUCCAUUAUACUCCAGAUUCCAACUCUACAUUUCAGACAGCUAAUCUUAACUUCACAGCCAAGGCCCAGAGAACACGAGUCGCAUUCUACAGUGUUUAUUACAACACAAGAACUGAUGACAUGAGCUCUUUAUGCGGUCCAGUAGUAGAUGAUGUGAGAGUAGAACAAUCAGGGUGUAAAGGCAUUACCCCAGGAUUUUUAGGGGGAGUGUUUGGUAAACCAAACUGUUAUGUAUGGACUCAAACAAAGUCCAAGACUGAAAAGUAUAAAGGAAUCUGA